GAGCGCCGAAGAACGAGCCACCACCACCACCGCACGAGCAGCGGCAGCGGAGAAUGACGGCCGCGGCGGCCGGCGACCGCUUCCCGUCCUCCUCCCCGCCGCGGGCGGCGUCCGCAUGGCCGCCGCCCGCGCCGCCGGAGCUGGCCAUGGUGGCGCGCGCCGUGCAGCGGCUCGUGGCGCGGAAUGACGCGGUGGCGGCGCCGGACGGCCGCGGGGGCGGAGGAGCAAGAGGGAUGAGGGCGUUCGAGGCGGCCCGGGGCGCGCCGGCGCCGCGCAUCGGCGUGGCCGAGUACCUUGAGCGCAUGCACCGCUACGCGGGGCUCGACCCCGAGUGCUACGUCGUCGCGUACGCCUACGUCGACAUGGCCGCGCACCGCCGGCCCGCCGCCGCCGUCGCGUCCAGGAACGUGCACCGCCUCCUCCUCGCCUGCCUCCUCCUCGCCUCCAAGGUCCUCGACGACUUCCACCACAGCAACGCCUUCUUCGCGCGCGUGGGCGGCGUGAGCAACGCGGAGAUGAACAAGCUGGAGCUGGAGCUCCUCGGCGUGCUGGACUUCGCCGUCGCGGUCGACCACCGCGCCUACGACAGGUACCGCGAGCACCUGGAGAAGGAGAUGCGCAGGGACCACCACGUCCCGCCCGGCGCCGCGCCCAAGCCGACCACGAGGGCGGCUGCCGCGCCCACCGCCAUCAAGCUCCUGCUGCCGCCGCUGGCGGAGGAGCGCCGGGCCGAGAUUGACGACGGCGACAGCGAGGAGCGCGGCCGGAAGCCGCCGCCGAACGGCGUGCGUGCCGGCGAAGAGCACGACCGGAAGCUGCCGAACGGCGUGGCGCCGGGGGCCAAGACCCUCCGGGAGCUGUGCGCCUUGGAUUACUACUAGUAGUAGCAGGUAGCAAUGUGCAAGAUGCAAAUUCAUCAGAGCGUGUUAAUCGAACGUGCGUGUGUAUAUAUCUGCAGAAUUGUUACGGAUAAUCGGACGUGCCAUACAUGUACGGUGCUGUGAAUUACAGGUAAUCCGUAAUCGGAUGAAAUGGUGCCAAGAUCUGAAGAUCA